GCAGCGGGAUUCGCGAGAGGCCCGUAGACGGGACGGCGAGUAGACACGGGUAGAUAGUCCGCGCUCGCGGCAGCGCUCGUGUUGAUCGUUUGGAAAAACAUGGCCGACCACAGGGAACGGGAUUACUACUCGCAGACGGAUCUGCGCUCGAAGAACGACGACCCGCCGAACUCGCGGCUCUUCGUCAUCUGCCACAAGAGCCUCGAGGAGGAUGACCUUAGGAAGGCGUUCGAGAAGUUCGGCAAGAUCGAGGACAUCUGGGUGGUUAAGGAUCGUAACACGGGCGAAAAUAAAGGUGUUACGUACAUCAAGUUCUCGAAAACGUCGGAGGCGGCGUUCGCCCUGGAGGAGAUGAACGGCAAGAUGCUGGGCUCCGUCGGCAGACCUAUCAAAGUGAUGAUCGCCUCGAAUCGGGAUCAGGGUUCCGUGCGGGAGACAAACGAGGAGGAGAGGUGGGUUCGCCUGUUCUGCGUGUUACCGAAAACAAUGACCGACAGCGAGCUGCAGCAGGAGUUCUCCAAGUUCGGCGCGAUCGAGUACGCGACCGUCGUGAAGGAUCGCAGCACGAACGAGUCCAAGGGCUUCGGCUACGUCAAGUUCAAGAAGGUGUCGAGCGCGGCGCGGGCGUUCGAGGAGUGCGACAGGAAGUACAAGGCGGUGUUCGCCGAGCCGAAGAAGCCGAAGCCGGAGCACAACGACGCCAAGUACAACAACGGGCUGUCCGGCGCCGCGUACGACGGCACCGGCGGCAGCUACGGCACCUCCUCGAACUUCGGCAAGAGCAGCAUCAGCCUGGAGAUCGCCACCAACUACUCCAAUUCCGAGGGCUACACGCGCCUGCAGGUGAUCGCGCAUCCGGCCCUGAAUCAGGACCAGCUGUGGAAGCUGUUCGACAUAGUGCCCGGGAUGGACUACUGUCACUUGAAGACCGACGUGAGAUACAGGAUGCCGCGCGGCCAGGCGGUGGUGGUCUACAACAAUCCGAGCGCGGCGGCGUACGCGCGCGAGAAGUUCCACGGCUUCGAGUAUCCGCCCGGCCACCGGAUGAUCGUCAAGCCCGACUUAACGAGCGCACCGCCCAAGAGCGCGUCGAAACCCGGCGGCUCGACCGCCGGCAGCGUCGCCAGCGCGAGGACGGAUCUGGCGCAUCUGGCGGAGACCAUUGCUCAAGCCACGUCGUUGAUUCAGGCCGCGGGUCUGACGGCACCGAGCUUAGACCACAUAUCCGUCAAGCUACCACCGGUACAACCGAUGGCGAGUAUAGACGCCGAGGUCGCCAAGAGGUGUUUCAUCGUAUGCGGUCCACCGGUGCCGCCCAUUUACGCUAUGAAGGACGCAUUCUGUAGGUUCGGGAGUCUCAUAGAUGUAUAUAUGUUACCCGGCAAGAAUUGCGGAUACGCGAAAUACGCCAGCAUCAGCAGCGCGAACGAAGCCAUCGAGGUCCUGCACGGUCAAGAGAUCUGUGGCUCCCGGCUGAAAGUGCUGGAGGCGGAGGAGCGAAACGUCGGCGAGGAUCGACGGAAACGGCUACGAAUGGAUGAGGACGAGAAUUGAACGUGUUUUCUAAUAAAAAUGCGUAUCUCACUGACUGGUAUACACAAGCCGGACGCACGCAACAAAAAAGAGACGAAUUUAAAGACUACUACUCACUUGACCACAUCCAAGGGCCUGCAUCCAGGGAAAACUACUCCGACUACCUACCUAUAUAUAUUUAACUGUUCGCUUAACGUUCGCGCAGCUGCAACUCUCUACGUUACUGAAACCUUUAACUGCUACUCUACUACUACUAUACUACUACUAUUACUUUUUUUUUUUUAAUCCUCUUACAUGUCCGUUCACACACGAUACGUUGCGCGCGCGGACGACCCGUGUUUCUGUUACUUUAAGAGGCCUGUGCGAACGGCCGAUAAGCUGUUGAGCGCCUAUUAACUGUGUACCUAUGUGAAGAGCAGUCCCUUUUCACAUUUGGAAAUAUGCGAACAUGUACACCUUCUUCCUUCAUUGGACAUUGACCACGCACGAAGGAGGUAAUAGCGCGCGUACAUUUUGACGAGGUGCACAGACCGAUUUGUCUCCCAGACUGUUUCUCGCAUAUAUAUAUAUGACUAAUACGUUUUUUUUUUGUACCCUUCCCCUGAUCUUUUAAUCUCUAGCUUUGCACUUCUCCGAAAUGUCGACGAUUAAUGACGACACAUUCACGACGCGAACGAUGAACCGUUCGAAGUGUUUGCAUCUCAUAUCGUUUUAAAUUAAGCGUUGACAACUCUGUGAGAAGUCCAUGAGAACAAUCAUGUCCAUGAGAACAAUCUCUGACUAACCGUUCGCAUAGGCUUUUAGGUGUAAACGCCUUAGGUUUAACAAAGAGAGAGACCUUUUAUUUAUGAUUAAAUUUCUGUACUUUUCUUUUAUAGUUAUAUUGCGUGCAGAGAGAAGAAGCAAAAUAAUUUGUACUUUAUACGCCAUUGACUUUUACGACGAUAAGUUAAAAGUUAUUGCGGGCCAAAACGUAAUUCCAAAACAAGAUAUAUUAUUGAGACAUCAAUAAAAGUCUUAUUUUACGCUACGAUGAUGACAGAAGACAAAAUUGUUAUUUGAUAUCAAUGUCAUAUAAUAUGUCAUGUCGUAUAUAAUUUUGUCAUGUUUGACUCAUAUUUGUAUAAAAUAUUUUAACUUAUUGAUGCUUGGUAAUAAAAUUGUAAGACAUCUGGUCGAAUGGCGCCUUUUGCCGCACGUUACUUAUUAAAUUUUUAAUUAGUAAAAAUUUUUUAUUAAUUAAAGUUUUAAUUAAUAAAAAUUUAACUUGAUUUUUAAUCAAUAAAAAUUUAAUCUGUAAUUUUUGCGUUUCAAAAAAGGUUUCGAUACGUAUAAAAAUACUUUUAUUAAGAACAAUAUAUUAUGAAAAAAAAAUUAUCGAGAAAAUUCAGUGAUAUGAGUUUUAAUACACAAACAAUAAGAAAAUUUUUAUAAAAGAAAGAAUCCGAUACUAAUGUAAGAUAGUGCUCAAUAUUACGUUAAUUUCUGAUUUAAUAUUGAGUAUAAAUCUUGUUUUGGAAGCAAUUAAUGUAACGAGUGAAAUGUACAGGCAUGUAGACUGUCUUUCGUUUAGAAGCACGACAGAGAGGAAAGGGAGCGUAGGUUUAACGACAAAAGAAAGAAACAAGAAAAGACGAUAUUUCCCGGCAAAAACCGUUUACCCGAUAUCCAUCAUUUACGAAAUCAGACGACAACCUCGUCACACACCCAGUGAUCGACGCACAACAUUGAACGUUUUAUGAUGGACACACAUUUUUUUGUACCGCCGUGCGUUAGACUCUUACUGUAUUGACCGGAUGGUGUCCCAGAGGACUGUAACUGUGACUUGUUUUUCUUUGAUGAUAUCAAAUACACAUGAAAUACGCAAUAAACCCCAAAACACUGA